GGAAGUAUUUAGUUCACUCCGUUUUCAUUGGAAGAGAAAGUCGGAGAUAUUUUAGCGGAGAUUUCAUCCUCAAGUCAGGAUCUUCUUUUCUACCUUUACGGAAAUCUGAAAAGUCUUUGACAAUGUGCUCGUUUAACAAAGGUCCUUCCUACGGAUUAUCGGCGGAGGUGAAAAACCGGAUCGCACAAAAGUAUGACACCCAAAAAGAAGAGGAGCUGAGGAUCUGGAUGGAAGAUGUCACCGGCAUGUGCAUCGGCCCUGACUUCCAGAAAGGCCUGAAGAGUGGGGUCAUCCUGUGCAAUCUUAUCAACAAACUUGCUCCAAACUCUGUGAAAAAGAUCAACCAGUCAUCGCUGAACUGGCAUCAGCUGGAAAACCUGACAAACUUCACCAAAGCCAUCAAGGAAUACGGCCUGAAGCCCCACGACAUCUUCGAAGCCAAUGACUUGUUUGAGAAUGGAAACAUGACACAGGUCCAGACGACCCUUCUUGCACUGGCUAGCAUGGCGAAGACUCGGGGCUGCCAGUCACGGGUGGACAUUGGCGUGAAGUACGCUGACAAGGCAGAGAGGUUGUUUGACGAGGACACAAUGAGGGCUGGACAGAGCAUCAUUGGUCUACAGAUGGGGACCAACAAGUGUGCCAGUCAAGCAGGUAUGAUGGCAUAUGGCACCAGAAGGCACUUAUAUGACCCCAAAAACCAGAUUCAGCCUCCCAUGGACAACACAACUAUCAGCCUGCAGAUGGGAACCAACAAGAUGGCGUCUCAGGCUGGGAUGACGGCUCCUGGGACAAGGCGUGCCAUCUAUGACACGAAGACAAACACAGACAAGUGCGACAACAGUACCAUGUCCCUACAGAUGGGCUACAGCCAGGGAGCCAACCAGAGCGGACAGAACUUCGGCCUGGGCCGGCAGAUCUACGACUCCAAGUACUGUCCAAAAGCCAGCGAAGGUGUGGAGGAUCAAAACGGCGCAGGCAUGCCUCACGACUGUAUCCCAGAUUACCAAGACGAGGGAUACCAAGGCUACCAGGAAGAGGAGCAGGUGUACCAAGAAGACGGGACAGAUUAUUAAAGCAGGAGGGUGGGCUGAGGAAGGAAAAGGGAGGAGGUAUAAAGGAGGCGAGAGAACCUCGCAGCAGGUGGUUUAUUUUUAUAUCCAUAGGAUGUUGAGCAUUUUUUGGUCAUAUCCUUUCGAGUAUUGUAUAAAAAUUUCUUUCCCCUACUUUUGGAAAACCCAUGUUACACAUAUCAUGAUGGACUAUAUUUCUGUUUUUUUUUGUAUUGAAAGUGACCACAAAAGCCAAUAUUUUUGGCUGAGUUAGUUUUAUCCCAGGGAUUUUUUAAAAAUGUGCCAAAGCCCUGUUACUUUUAUCCUAUAUGUUUUUGCUGACUCAUUAGAUCUUUAAGACUGUGGGCAACAUGAGACCAAAAGUGAAACAUUAGGGAGUUUUUAACCAUUUUCCAAUCCAUUGCCGCUUGUUGAGAUCAAAACACCUGUGUGUGUGUUUAUGGCAGUACCAUUGGUGUAAACGCUGUAAUUCCUGUGAAAGAGAAUGUACAUUGUGUCUUUUACUUUCUUUAUUGUCCUUUGCAUUCCUUCAGUAUUGCUCUUUGUUACACACGGCAGUUAAUAGUUUGGUUUUUCAACCAGAUGCAGGAAACAAAAUUGAUAUAUAGUUUGUUUUCCCUCUCAGAACAACCCACUCUUUUAUAUUCUGUCUGUUCUCUCGCUUGUUUCGGUUAUUUCGUUUUUAAUAGAGGAAAUAUUUCCUCUGUUUGUAUAACCAGUCCAACUCAAGUUCAGCUUGUUUUCUUUGGAUUUAGGCUGGUGGGGGAGGAUAAAAUAAUACUCGAGUGAAGUCUUCAACAUUCCAUGCAAAAAAUACUGGAUCCUUUUUUUGUCAGUAAUGUUUCGGGGAAUCAUUCUGAAAUAUUGGUUGACAUGUGGACUAAUGCUAAUCAUAUUAAAUCAUUAUUAUUUAUGCAUAUUAUAGUUUGAAUGGGGUGGUUUUGUAACUUGAUUCUGAUUAACAGUUGGUGUUGGACUAUUCUAUGCCAAUGGAAAAAAUGCUCGAAUUGAGAAGUAUGUUUUUGUGAAUACAGUGUAAUAAAGAUUCGUAUUCAUAGUCA